CGACUCAACACUCUCGUUUUGUACGCCUCAUUUUUGGCUUCCCAAUAUAUAUCCAUCCCUACUCUCACAAACACCCCCACUACAGAGACACAGUCACUCUUCUCGCUCCCAAUCCUCUUAUCUAAAUAUCUGGUUUCUCAAAUAUAGGUGGUGACCUGCUGCAGACUCCCACUCCUACAUGCAAUUUGUUCUUCAGAAUUAUUUUGAACAAAGAAAUUCAAUUAAGACUCUGUUUUCAUGGCUUAAUAAUCACACCACCGUUGAUUGAGCGUUUGUUUUUGUAUUUUUCUCCAUUGAUUUUUACUUGAAUUGAGGUUCUUGAUAGAAUCAAGAGAGAGUAAGAGGGAAAUCGAAUAAAGACGCACAUGCAGUUUCUGGGUCAUUUUUGUUUACUGGUUGUCGUUUGCUCUGUUCUAGAGUUGUACAAGAGAAUUUUGCAAGUCUUCUUGGAAUUGUUUCUGAUGGAUUUUGCUACAUGCUUGAAUUUUCUAACUCAAAGCGGUGAAUUAAAAAGUGGGCUUUUGUUGCUUGGAUGUUUUUCACCGACUAUUAGUUUUUUGAGCCUGUUUUUGAUGUUUAGUUUGGGAUUGAAGUAUUUGCAGACUGCUUUGCAUCGUAAGGGUUUGCUUCAAUUUUUAUGUGAAAUUAGAGGGAAAUCAGGUAAUCCAAGAAUUGGGUUUUUUGCAAGAAAGGAUUUUGAUCAAGUAUGUGAUAAAAAAAUUAUAUCUUGUGAGCCUAGCUCAUUGAAAUGCGUGGAGAAUUCAAAGGAAAAUGUGAUGGUAAGCCAAGAGAACACAGAUUGCGAUGCUUUUGAUGAUGAUGCUGAUGAUGGUUAUAGAAGAAAAUAUUGGAUUGAAGAUGAAGAAUUUGAUGUAAUGGCAUUGAGGAGAUUGGUUAAAAUUGAGAGGCAGAGAGCAGAUAUGGCUAAUUUAGAACUUGAGAAGGAAAGAAUGGCUUCAGCAUCAGCAGCUGAUGAGGCAAUGGCAAUGAUUUUAAGGCUUCAAAGAGAGAAAAGUUGUAUAGAAAUUGAAUCGAGUCAUCAUUAUAAAUUGGCAGAGCAAAUGCAAGAAUAUGAUCAAGAAGUAAUUCAAUCAUUGCAAUGGAUUAUAGUGAAAUAUGAGUCUGAAAGGACUGUAUUAGAGGAAAAGUUGAGCUUGUGUAAGCAGAAAUUGAAGCAAUACAUGAAGAGUGACGAAAUGGAUCAAUUUGAAAUGAGUCUUGAUGUUGAUACUGCCAUCGAAGAUGGUUCUGAAGAUGUACAAACAAAUUCAGUUGAGAAGUACUUCUCGCUUUUAGGUUUGCUCGAGUGUGAUGUCAUUCAAAGGCGAGAUGGGAAACAACUGAAGAGGCUCAAGAAAGACAAAAUCAGAUUGAACAUCAGCUACGCAGGUUCCAAUAAUUCUCUGCAAACCUUGUCAUACAUUUCUUUCUGAACUAUGUCUAGAAGUUCUCUCGGGAGGUAUUUUCCACAUGGGUCUAUAAUGUAUUUGUUUUUUAUCAUCAUAAGAAUUAAGAAGAGGUAAGAAAAGAAGAAUGGAACAAACUGGUUUCAAAAAAUUGAUCCUGAAGGCUUUCAAAUGGUUCUUCUGAAAAUGGCAAAGGUAACACUUAACUUGAAUUGUUUUGUAUAUCAAUUUGUUAUUUAUAUAGUUGUUCUUAGCUCUCUCUUCAUGUCCAAUUGCACAGCUUAUCUCCCUAAUGGGGCAUAAUGUUGCUGUAAAACCAUGGACUACUGUAUUUGUUAUUGCACCAGCCUUCUCCAAAUUA